UGCCGAGGCUUAUUCAAGGUUGAGCGAACCUCACGUGUCGCUUGUCAAAGGCCGGGUAAGUCGCUGGAAAAUGGACUCUCCUAUAUAUCCCGCCGACUAUUCUAUUUUACGACACGCGGAGGAAACGAGACGAAAUCGAGCGGCCGGGCCGCCGAUAGCCGUGCCAGUAAUAUUCCCGACGCUGUCCGAGGCGUGCGUCCUACUCGGUUUAAAAUAGCAAAGUACUCUCCAGCGCGGCGGAAGAGAGAGCGAGAGAGAGAGAGUGGGAAGGGGACGGGGAGGAACGGGUGUCUCCGUUCUAUCGCACGGCCAAUUAGUCUGGCCAAUUAAUCCCGGUGAUCGAUUUGCGCGAUCGAUCGCGGCGUUCGAUGGCGGCGCACGGCCGCGCGACGGAGCGCGCCGUCUACCCUGUUGCGUUGUCUGUUUCUCGUCGUAGGCGCGACGGCGCUUCCCCGCGGCGUUUCCCCGAUGGAGAACCGAGUGGGCUGAAGGCUCGCGGGCGGAAACAUGCCCGGACGGUCGCCGGCAAGGGCGUACGAGCGGCCCAUUACGAGCGAGGGUCGCGGGCUCGCCGCCACUUGAAUGUCACCGCCGGAGGGCGCGGGAUGGGCGAGUCCUGGCUCUCGGUCCUGCUCGCCGCCACGCUGACAACGAUGACGAUGAUGGCGGUGAUGACGGAGGCCGAUUCAUCCUCGACGCCGUCCCUGUCGACGGGCGCUCGUGACGACGUCGCCGACUCCAAACGGGCGGCCAUCGAGGAAGCCCUGGACGUGAUUGAGCAGGCAUCGACGGGCUCCCUGGGCGAGGUGUGCGUCAGCACGGCGGGAUUCAAGUCCCUCCCGGCUGGCGUCGCCCUGGACCCGAGGCGUUACGACACGGCGCGCCAGAAGGCCGACAUGACCGCUAUGGUGCUUCGGAAUCUCGGGGCCGCCGAGGCGAUGCGACGUAACGCUCUUUUAGACGCCCUGACCAAGUCCCUGCUCGUCUCGGUGGACGACGCGGUCGAGGCGAGGGUGAUCGCGCUCAACGCGUCCACCGGCACGGUCAUCACCGCGGUGUGGCUGAAGCGCAGCCCCGGGAGCGUCGGCGAGCCCUCCAAGGUCGAGAGUCACGCGGUCCAGCCCGGAUUUCAGCCGGACCCCAGCCUACCGUGGUUCGAAAACGCAGGCGGCAGCGCCGGAUUGAGGUCACCGAAAUUCAUGCAGUCACCGCCGAUUGAAUCCUACAGGGGUUGGUGGACCAUCCCGUACUUCUCCUGCAAAACUCGCCGUUGGCUCAUCUCGUACAGCGUGAACGUGAAGCCGCCGGAUGUCCGACCCGGGGUGCGGGAAUUCAUCAGUAUGGACAUCGACAUAAGCGGGUUGGAGGUGAACCAGUGCGACGCCCCGGCGCAACAAAACCGUAACGACGGGCUCGAGGCCGCCUCGGGCAAUCAGAUAGCUUUCUUUAAGGGCACCCACAAGUGUCACGCCGAUACCACGCAGUGCGUGUAUCAGGGACCCGGCAGCCGAGUGAACGAAAACGGGGUGGGCGCUGGUUGGGCGAAAGGCGCGUACGUGUGCAAGUGUCGGCAGGGCUUUUACAGCGUCAGCCAUCAUCGAUCGGGCUUCGACGGGAUUCUCGUGGAAGCCGCGUGGAAGGAAAUGCGGGAGAACAAGAGCGACUCCUACGAGCAGGUGUUUCAGUGUCUGCGCUGCGCCCCGGGAUGCGCCAGGUGCAAAGGCCCCGAGCCUUGCCUGGCGACGUACAAUUGGCCCUUCAGAAUCUCGCUGCUAGCCGUUUCAAUCUUCUGCGUGUUCGGCACCAUCGUCCUGGUGGCGUACAUGUAUCAGCAUCGCAAGCUAAAGGUAUUCAAGGUCGCGUCCCCGAUAUUCCUGUCUAUCACGCUUCUGGGCUGCGCCUUGAUGUACCUCGAGAUGGCCGCUAUAUUCCCGGUCCUCGACAUGUAUUCGUGCAUUGCCACAAAGUGGACGAGGCACAUGGGAUUCUGCGUCUCGUAUACGGCGUUGCUGAUGAAGACCUGGCGGGUCUCGCUUACGUACCGGGUGAAGAGCGCCCAUAAGGUUAAGCUGACGGACAAGCAGUUGCUGCAAUGGAUGGUGCCCAUCCUGCUGGUGAUGCUGAUCUAUCUCGGGACGUGGACCGUCAGCGCGCCGCCUUACGCCGAGGUAAUCGCGGAUAAUCACGACUUGAAGUUCUACCAGUGCUCUUACAACUGGUGGGAUCACAGCCUGGCUAUCGGUGAAAUUCUCUUUCUCGCCUGGGGCAUAAAGGUAUGUUACAACGUGCGAAACGCGGAGAGUCUGUUUAACGAGGCCCGUCUGAUAAGUUACGCCAUUUACAACAUAGCCGCGGUGAAUAUAACCAUGAUAGCCAUUCAUCUCUUCAUAUUUCCCCGUGCCGGGCCGGAUAUCAAAUACCUGUUGGGCUUCCUGCGGACUCAGCUUUCUACGUCCGUUACGGUCUUCCUCGUAUUCGGCCCUAAAGUAAUCAGAGUAUUGCGAGGCCAGGGGGAUCAGUGGGACAGUCGAGCGAGGGCGCGCGGCGUCACCGCGAGCUUCUCCUUCAACGGAAUUGGUUUGGUGCCGGAGGAGACGACGGACCUGUACCAGGAAAACGAAGAGCUCAAGGAGGAGAUCCAGAAGUUGGCCGCGCGAAUCGAGUUCAUGAAGAUAGUGCACAUGGAGAUGCACAACCGACACAUCAAGCCGAAGAUGGGCGGUUACUUCAGCACGCACGGUCAUGGUCACGGGCACCCAUCCGCCGGCCAGAGCCCCAUCGCCAAGAGCUCGACCGCCAGCUUUAUCCUCAAAACGGCCGUGGAGCGAGGUGCAACGGCAGCCGCGGCCGCGGCAGUCGAGGACUCGACCUUUCCGUCCGGAAGUCUGCACAGAGCGCGCAGGUCGGAGAUGCUGAGGGAGAGGAAGGCGGAGCGGGAGAGGGAGCGCGAGAAGGAGCGGAGCAAGGACAAGGAGCAGAAGGAGAAGCCGCGCUCGAGCGGCGAGAAGGUUUGACUAGUGGUCAAUAGCGAGGAGGUAUGGUUGUGACGAAGACAGUGGCUCGACGAAAUCAGGAAGACGCGUAGGAGCCGAAGAAAUAGAAGGAAGAAGAAACUGGAGAUAUUCAGGUUGUAUCCUUUAAAGGACAGGAGACUGCCCGUAUUCGUAUGAAAACGCCGUAUAAUCAAACUCAUCGCGAUCACUGUCUUCGCGCCGUUGUGAUAGCGAUGUAUCUUCGUGAUUAAUUACUAGGUGUACGGAUAUAUCUCUGGAAAUCAAAAUCUCUGAUGAACCCGCGGGAGGCGACGGCGACGGCCGAGUAUUUCGUGUCUCCGUUUAUUUUUGUAACAGCGGCUGUCGAGAGUGAAAGGGAGCGCACAAUUCUAUUAUAAAUCGAUAUCUUAUUUCUUCAGAAUGCGUAGAAGCGCUCGAAUGACGCGCCGUUGGCGCGACGGCAGGCUGUACAGGAAAUUGUAUUUAAAGAAACCAGGGAUGCUUCGUCGAGGGAUCGCGAACGGGACGAUCGGGACGAAACCGCGAUACUAAAGCUGUCACAAAUGCACAAAGGACGCGCGGGCGAGCCGUUACCGUCGUCUUCAGCGGACGCGUUUCGCUUACCGCGAGCAUACGAUGUAGAGCCGUAAGAAACGCGCGUGACUCUGCGAGUUAUGUCCCCCGGUCAAAAUCGUUUUGCGCGCGCACUUUUGCCGAGCGGCGCCGCGGCCCACAGGCAUUCGAUAUUUAAGGACAGCGAAGGGCGCGAAGAUGCCUUUCUUAAGUGUUACAUAAGUCGUCGUAUUCCCGGAUUUUAAAUGGCACCGUUUCCGGCGGCUUUAUCACGCCGGGGUGACACGUCGUUGUCUUCAUCGACCGAUAUUUAAAUACACAAUUUGAAUGUGAAUGUUAAUUUAAGCGAGUAAAUAUAAUAUACGAGUGCAACAGGCGCGUAAUUUCCCGUACUUGAACGCUCGACAAGUUUAACUCGAUAAGUAUGUCACCGAACGCGAAUGGAGAAUCGUUUCCGCUUGCACGUUUAAGUUCACGACUUCAUUUGCGAAUCGUAUAUUCGAGGGGGGAGACGCGCGAGCUCUCCCCCGCGCUCUUAUUACCUAACCAUUUGUGUAACGCCUUAUCCGAUUUACAUUGCAUUCUGCUCGUUUCCGAACGAGAGUCACGUUUCAAGUUGCAAACAGCCAAGCGAUAACUGUUCAGCGUAACAGAUUGUAUAAAUGUUACAUGUGACAAUAAAGUUACACAACGGGCUGUAAAAAAAAAAGAAGAAUAAGAAGAGACGCGAGCUUUGCUGGUGAUCGUGGAUUCACGUUUGGGGAAAAAUGAAGUACGAAAAAAGGCUGAAGAGAGAGUCUAGAGACAUAAAAUCGUGCGAUAAAGCGAUUAACAGUUGAUGAAAUCUUUGCCUUGUUAGUUUACACUUUUUUAAGGGUGCUUACGUUGUCGCGAUAGAACGCCGUUAUCGUAGAUCGCGUACAGUCGUGCGUUGACAACGACCGACGGAGUUAUUGCUGUUCGUGUCUAAGAUAUUUAUCGUAACGUAAUAAUUGUUGAAUAAUGAGGAGGGAAGAAACGGCGGAGAAACGGGGCGAUAGAUACAUAUAUGUGUGUGUGCGCGUUGCGAGUACAACGUAGAUACCAAUACCCUAACAGCAAUAUCAUUCGAGAGACGCGGGGCGAAUAGUCUCUUAAAAUUUUCCCUGAAAAUCGUGGGACAACGUGACAUUUUGAACAACUUCGCGAGAGCUUUC